UAACUCAUUCUUUUUUCUUUUUUUCCUCAGCUCACUACCCUGGGAAAUCUUACACCUUCGAGCACCGUGUUUUUCUGCUGUGAUAUGCAGGAAAGGUUCCGACCAGCCAUCAAGUAUUUUGGGGAUAUUAUUAGUGUGGGACAAAGAUUGUUGCAAGGGGCCCGGAUUUUAGGAAUUCCAGUUAUUGUAACAGAGCAGUACCCCAAAGGUCUUGGAAGCACUGUUCAAGAAAUCGACUUAACGGGUGUGAAACUGGUGCUUCCAAAGACCAAGUUUUCCAUGGUGUUACCAGAGGUGGAAGCGGCGUUAGCAGAGAUUCCUGGAGUCAGGAGCGUUGUGUUAUUUGGAGUAGAAACUCACGUGUGCAUCCAACAAACAGCCCUGGAGCUCGUCGGCCGAGGUAUUGAGGUUCAUAUCGUGGCUGACGCCACCUCAUCGAGAAGCAUGAUGGACAGGAUGUUUGCUCUCGAGCGUCUUGCUCGAACUGGGAUCAUAGUGACGACCAGCGAGGCGGUUCUGCUACAGCUGGUGGCGGAUAAAGACCAUCCGAAAUUCAAGGAAGUCCAGAACCUGAUUAAGGCGAGUGCCCCAGAGUCGGGUCUGCUUUCCAAAGUCUAGGACAUGUGAAGGACUGGGUGCCACUCACCAUCAGGGGGCAGGGCCGUAACCCCACAAGCUCUUGUCUCUACUAGAAUUAAAAUGUUAAGUCGAAUAUUGGCUCUUUUUUUGCGCCUCUUAGUAAAACUUAGUAAAAAUGGUCUAACAUUUGGGUACCAGCAUUUAGUUACAAAUGUCAAAGGCUUCAGGUGCUGCUUAUCUUCUUUUUUUUUUUUUCUUAAUGUGCUCUUAUUUAUUUAAAAAAAAUUAUAAUAUAGGUGCCUGUUUUGUCUAUACUGUAUACAUUGAUCAUAACUCAAGAGUGCACACUCGUGAAGUUUUCUUAUAUUGUGCACUGCAGAGAAAAAGCUGUGUUGACAAUAGUUUGACUUUUGUAUUAUUGUAACACAUAUGUUAAGACUUUAAUGUGGACCCCGUGCUUUUACUUUACAGGUUGAUUGAAAUAGGAUUCUUAUAUGAGAUUUAAAAACAGGUCUCUGAUUCAUGUUACCCCCUCCCCUCAUACUGCAGGCAGUUUACUGACUGAGUUGCAUUCACCUAACCAGACGGAAUUAGGUUGGGAAAUUAUAUAUCUUUCAUGUGUAUGCUAAUUUUCUUAUUCUGGUCACCAUCACUAAGUCUCUGUUAAUGUUCUCUUUUUUAAUUGAGUCUUUUCCUAGCAAGACUCGUUGGGUCAUUGUUUUAAUUUUGUAAACAGAUGGGAUGAUUUGCAAUGUGAUAUAGUUACUGGAGGGCUGUUUUAAAAUCUUUGAGGUAUUACCUUAGCUGACUAUCUUUACAAAAAUAUCGAAUAUACCUUCUAAUAUGCAUAAGAUUUAGCAAAAAGUUAAAGGCUGGAUAAAAUGUAGUUUUCAAAUGUU